AUGAAUAUAUAAACUCAGCAGAUCACAAUUACAAGUGAAAAAGUUUUAAAAACUUAAGGAGACAGUUCAGAAAAUGUGAUACCUGAUUCUGACUAAGAAGAAAAUUUGUAGAGUCCUUUUUAUAAGGGAAUACCAUCCUCAUAAUCCAAACCUUUCAAACAUAUACGAUUUAGUGGAACUAACUAAAUAUGUUAUAUUCCUAGAAAGGGCAAAAAAGAUCUCUCCCCAUCACCGACUAGAAAAAGUUCCUAAUCAAUUCAAUCAAUACUCAAAAAUAAAGACAGAGUAAAUAAAUGA